GUCAACAGCACCUAGAGUCUCGCACUGCUCGACAUCGCACUUUUCAAUUUAUCCUCCUUUUCUCCUCGUGCGAUGGAUAUCGAGAGACUUGCUGAUGUAGAGUUCUCCUUGUUAAUAUACGUGAAAUUAAUGCGAUCUGCCCUCCUAACAUACCACAACGCUUUUGGAGUUCUGCGUGCCGAGCCGCACACGCGUCGAUCCGCCGCGGAGGAGACUGAGCCCAGCUCCUAGUGCUCACUCAACGCCACAAGCAUCUCACCAUGGGGGACGGGAAUGAAGUCGAGAACGAGCUGGCUCUUGCGGCUUUGGUCGUCGCCGUCGUCGCCUUCAUAGUGGCCACCAUUCAGCUGGCCCAGUCCAUCAUUGCCGGCGCACGAGGGCUCCCAAACUGCGAUACUCGUGUUAUGGGUAAAUGGGCGGAGUUGACAUCGUGGAAAUUUAGGUGGCGGCAGCUUCGGCUGGAGAUCAAUUUCGAGGCCCCCGUCAUUUUCUUGUCGUCCAAUGACAACAAAUUGGGCCCUGUCAAGGACAAUGAUGUCAUCUGGUACAUCGAUGGCAGUCUGCAGAGCUGCGAUGAUACCAGAGUCGAGUUAACAGACGACAUCAACACAAGGCUGUCUCGUGAACGUGUCCAUACAGUCGAAAACGAAUUGGCAUCGUGGGUUAAGCUCCUUGGGGCGAUUCAAAAGAUGGAGCGUUAUUCACGCGACUGGGAAAGCACAAUAUGGAAAGAAGCUAGAAUGCCACGUCCAGAUAGCCAUGACGGUGUUCUCACGCUGGCGGUCGGUGUUCAGAGCAAGAAACGGAGCUUUGACGCCAAUCCGACGGUCAAGAAGCCUUAUGCUACGACAACCCUAUGCCAUAUCAUUGAGCUUGCAGCUAUCCUGGGCAUGUACUGGAAGGAGAUAAAUCGAGACCAAAACAAAUACCGUGCCGAAGGCAAUGGGUAUAGUCUCCUAGGUUCGAGACUUGAUGACUUCGGCAUCGUCUUCGUAUUCGAACAGUCUGGAUGGGAUAAGUUCCGAGAGGAGAGGAUAAUUCCUACUAGAGAGGUAAAAGAAAUGUGUUUCGGAAACAUACCAACAAUCUACCGCGAGAAGAAUAGACCUGAAGACGAGGUAUGGAACCAGCCUUUCAAUGAGCAAAAGAGCCUGCAGACGCUGCAACUUGGCAGUCGCAAGGAGAUUUCCGACGCACUGCAGCUCAUCGGGUGCAACACCAGCACCCAGCUGUUCUAUCUUCAGGAAAAGCACAAGGAGACGCAUCUAUUCUCAGUAACGUUCGAGAUAUUGGGGAUGCUCGGACGUACCUUACAUAUCCCGAGCCGAUGUUUCACUUACCUUCCCAAUCCUUCCAUCUUCCCCUGGAACAGGAAUUCUUUCUCCCUUCGACGGAUGCUCAAUGAGUUUCACGAACAUAUCCUUGGAGAUGUUAACAUCUUCGCAAGAGAGGGACGCAAACUCCCUGACGAAAUUGAAUCCAUCAACGCUCUUGCCAGCGGCCUCAACCAAGACCUCCCCCGACACCAAGACACCAACUUCCUCCCACAACAUCUCGACAAAAUCCACGAAGCCCUUGAAGAAACCGACAAGCUACUCAGCGCUAAAAAGAUCGAUAACCAAGUCGUCCUCGAUGUGAUGAGACGACACCUCCAAGAGGUCCUCCUCGCCAUCAAUACGACCGCAGCCCAAGUCACAGGGGCGCAAAACCCCCCAUCUCCCACCACACGCACUCGCGGCGUCACGUUCGAUGACCUACUCAACGUCCCGCCCGAGAACAGGGAACGCGAGUUUAUGAAAAAAUACUUUGUCGAGAUCCGCUCCCGGGUUAUCAGCACGUCAGACGAUGAGAAGGAUGACCCAGCAGUGGGGGCAUCGCUGGAUAUACACAAGAAUAGCGAGCAACAGCAACAGCAGACCCAUUAUCAGGGGCGGGACCAGAGGAAUGGGCAGCUGAGCCCCGGGAGUAAAGAGGAGGGGGGUGCGAAUCCACAGCAGGCUCUGAAGUUGGUGUUGGCCACUCCAUCACACGCGUCGCCAGUUGCCUCGUCUUUGGCCAACAAAGGCUCGGGCACAGGAACGCUGCUGAAGAACGAGUUUGAGAUACGGCGGAACAACGUCUGGUGCACGCUCGUGUUCCGCAUGAUUUGUUGGUUAUUGUUGCAUAAUUUCAAUACGAAGGAUGUGCAGUUGAGUAAGAGUGAAUUGAUUGGGAGCCGGUUGCCGGUUUACAUCAUGUGAGAAAUUGGAUGAUUGGUGAAUUUGUUUUAGACAUGGUCCUGGGGCAUAGGUAUUCAAAGGGUUCACCAUGUGGAACAUAAUGAAAACAGGGUAUGGAAUGAUACUCAGGGUUAGAGGAGGUUCUGAAUGAGAAAUGCAACUAUGGGCCAUCGAGUGGGUGGGAAGGGAUAGUGGAACUCAAACUUCCAAAUUUUAAAUGGCGAUAUAAUGAUCUAACGCAAGAUAGAUUUUCGUAAAAUUAACCGCGCAACAGUACACG